ACUAUUUAGUUGUUAUUCUUGUAAUUGUGACAGUGCAAGUUGAGACUGUUGUCUAUUAUUAUUUCAUGAUAACAAGAUAAUUAAUAAUUUCUGUAAAUACAUACAAGUAGAUUUUUAAAACCAGCUUUUCUCUCCAUGUAAUCAAAAAAAUGGAUGUGACGGUUGCAGCGUGUCUUAAAGAAUCUAUUUUGGAUCUUGUUAAAGCUCUAGGAGACAUUGAUAAUUCGGUUAACAACAGCAUAAUAAAAUCAAUCUCAAAAAUCGCGAAUGAGUACCCUAAUGAAGUUAUUGAAAUUAUAUGUGACUUCUAUAAACAAGCAGGGCGAAUUAAUGUCACACAGACUGGAAAUAUCGUUAAAGUUUUAGAAAGAACAUGUGUGAGUCAAGUAAAAAAGAUAGAACCUGGAAUAGCAACAGAAUUGGUCCAUGCUAUGCUCAGGGCAAUGACUGAAAAUCCAUCAUAUGAACCUACUGUCCAAUUGGGAGCUUCAGCUGUUUUGGUAGCUGUAGGACAUGAGUUCCUUGACCUGGUUCUUCGCUCUCUUAUAAAUGAGCUGUCACCAGCAACAUUGCCCCACUAUACCAUAGCUCAUACCAUGGGUACACUAUCUAUGCUUAACACAAAAUCAAUGGUGCCGCAUAUAAAGGAGAUUCUUGGCAAAAUGCUUCCAUUACUGCCACUCGUGAGGCAAAACGGGGAUAAACAGGCCUUUGCUUAUGCUUUUGGACAUUUCGCCGUUGCUGUAGCUGAGCAAAUAGGCGAUAACGUUGAGAACGAAAACAUAACAUCAAUCAAAGAAAAUUUUGUCACCGAAUUCUCGAUUGUAUUCGACGUCCUCUACAAUCAAUGGCUGAAUUCGUCUGAGCCUAGAGUGUCAGAAUCAGUUCUCGAGGCCCUUGGUCCCAUAACUAGACUUAUUUCAGAAAGACAAUUCAAUGAAACAGUCAACAAAUUUGUAUUAUCAUUGCUCUCGUUGUAUCGUAAACCGGCAAUCAACUUCUUUUGUAUCAGCCAAUGUAUUUCAUAUUUACUUUCGCCGUCAUCUCUUAACCCGAAAUUGUCGCUAAACGACAACGUUGUCAAUUCAAUUAAUCAUGUCUUGUUCAGUUUAGUUCUUUUUGAACCAGAUUAUGAUCAACCACAGACAGUUAAAAAUCAUUUUGAGGUUCUACGCUGUUUUGAUCACAUGGCUACUCAAUAUCCAGAUCAAACUAUAGAGAUGCUUCUACAUUUAUGCAAAAACACACAAGAGAAAGAAAGGAUGAGAGCUGUUGUAAUUCUCACGCACUUGACGACGUGUUCGCAAGUUUUUAUCGACAGUUUCGCUACUAAAUUCAUAACAAUUUUAAAAGUAAUGAUAGUUAUGGAACAAGGGAUUAAAAUGAAGAAGACACUUGUCAAAGCGAUAGUUGCGUUAGCGUAUAGAAAUUGUAUCAUGGCAACAGAUGAUUUUGCUAUGGUUGAAUUUAUCGUAAAGCAUUGCGGUUACGAAGGUCCAUCUCAUGUGUCGCAGUCCGAAGCUCAAGAUGUACGUGAUACGUGCAAAAACUCCCUCAUACUAAUGUGCAAUACAGUGACGAGCGUUAGAACACAACUACUUAAUUUGCUUCUAAAUUCUCUGACACUUGAAGACUUUACUCAUUCAAUGUCCACAGUCAGCCACUGCCUUACGUAUUUGUUACAAAAUAAUUCAAAUGUAUCUAGAGACGAACCAACAGAGACUGUAAUUGUCGCAAUAGCUUCCGCUGAUGUUAUAUUUGUGAGGUGUUUAAUGCACAUAGUUGACCCAAACGAAAGAGAAAGGAACAAAAACCUCUUGAUAUUCCUUGAAGAAUUUUCUGGAGAUAUCCACAAGAACUUAAAAAAUUCAUGGACGAUUGAAAUCGAUAGGCUAUUGAAAUACGUUGAGAAGAACGAAUCCAAGGAGCAAUGGCAUGGAAUGUUAUUGGAUUUAUUGGUAUCGGCAGUGGAACAGGUGAACAACAACAAAUGGGUGGAGAUAAUAUCUACUCUAAUUUCUCAACAAAUUAUGUCCAAGAAACUGUCGACUAUGAUCAAAGGCGUAUCUUUGCAAUAUUUAUCCGUGUUGUCGUGUCAUAUGUCCAACGCUGCAGCUGUAGAGAAUGUCUUAAAAAUUAUCCUUCUAGCUCUAAAAGCUAUUCCAUUCGAGAGCGUGGAAUAUGUCAGCACGGCUAUUGGAAUAGCAUCAAGACAACAUGGUGAAUUUAUACUUAACGAAUUAGAUGCACUAUACAAAGAAAAUGAAGCAAGACGCAGUAAUAAACUGCUGAACUUUCUUUCUUCAAGAGCAUCCAAAAAUGAUGCAGAAUUGGCGAUUGUUAAAUAUGCCCUUAUAAUAUGUUACGGCAAAGUUGCAAGAGAGUGCUUAGACGUUCACGUCUUAGCUAGAUUGGGCGAUAACGUCACUUCGAUACUGUUUGAAAUCCUGAAAUCGAAUCCCAGUUUUGAUCUUUGCAAUGCUAGCGUAACGACACUCUAUGAGAUAAGUAAAGCGUUGCAUCCAGCGUCACAUCAUAACGUAGCAUUGCGAAAUCGAUGGCAGUUGCUCAACGCUGUUCUAGAACAGAUAUAUAAUUCUAAUCUUGAGAAACGGAACGUUGAACUGUAUCCAAUAAUCGUAAAAGCUUCUAAAGCUCUUACCAAGUUACAAAAGGGCAUCUUACCUGAAGAAAGAAAUACGAUAUUACGUGUUUUAUUCAACAGCAUAUUCGGGGAACUGUCAUCCUUCAAAAGAAAAUAUGAAAUAGAAGGAAACGGUGAUAAGAAUGAUUUGUUAGCUAAAACAUUAAAUGAUUCCUUGACACUCCUUCAUGAGCUUAUAAAGGAGUUAAUAAUUCAAUCAACCUGUCUGAGUACUAUCGAUGAUAUAAUAGGUUUGUUAAUUGAAUGGUUUCGUCACGAAAACGAUGAAAUUAGAACAGCUGCCAUCUUGAUACUUCAAGUUGUUUUUGACUCGUAUAUCAAAAACGUGAAAUUAAACUAUGAAACGCCCAGCAAGUUUGGCCAAAUGGGAUAUCUGUUAGGGCUUAUAGUGCCCGGAGUCGCUGAUACUAAUUUCCCCGUGAGAUUGACGACAGUCGACUGCGUAAAACUGAUUAUUCAGAUUCAAGAUCUUUACGAAGGUCACACUAUUGAACCGGACGAUGAAUGUAUGGUCAAUCUAGCCCAUUUACAGAAUAAUAUUUUGACUAAUGAUUUAUACAUGAUCAGCGAUUACUGUAUGAGGUUGUGCGAUACAAUUUCGCCGAAAAUACCGCAUUUGCACACCAUGCAAUUUAUUGAAAGUCUGCUAGAAAGCUACGACGGUCAUGAGUUAAGGAGCGUUGGGAUAAGCUCUAUUUUGGAUGCAUUUUUUGUGAAAAAAGGUCAAGAUUUAUAUCAAACAAUUGAAAGAAUUGUAGAAGUGAUGUUAAUUAAAAUGGAAGAUGUCCCAGACGACGCCAGAGCGAGGCUGAUGCGUCCACUCAUGUCUUUAAUGCGUCAUCACUCGAACGCCGUGACUGCUGUUCUUUUGGCACAAAGGAUUCCCUUGAAGCCAUGUGUGGUAAGCUGCUGGCGUCAUCUAGCUAGGGACGAAGGUCUGGCUGUGUCAAUAGUAGAUAAUUUUCUGCGAUUGAUGACAUCUGUUGAACUGUAUGAGGACCCUUACCAUAUAACUGAACAUCACAUUGCUGCUUUACAACCUAUGACUUUAAUAAGCGCCCUAGGAGAAAUGCUUCAAGAGGAAUCAAUGCGUUCCAUAUGCAUUAACAAAUUCUCGGACUUAUUUGCUGUACUUUAUACAACGUUAGCGUGUUAUGUGGAAGCGGAGCCUCCCGCAUAUGUCGUACCCAGUAAUAAGGGUCAAGAGAGAUUUGGAUUCAUCCCAAAUAGAGAGGCAAUUAAGUUAUCACCUGCCAAAAUAACAGUCAACACCUUCAACUCGUUCUUGGAAAGGGCUGAUUGUUAUAAAGUAAAGGAGGCAUGCUCUCUGUGCCUUAGCAUCGAACACGGAGAUAGUUCCAGCACUAUACUUGAACUGGCUCCAAUAUUAGGUAGUUCCAUUAGCCGCUCGUGUCCGGCGCAUCUAGCUAAGCUGGUAUCCAGGCUUGGUGGAUACUGCAGAUCCCCAUUACCACCUCAAAGAUGUGCUGUAUUAGCUUUGAUGGCCGAUUUGUUGAAUUAUCGUUGCAACGAAAACGUUGUACUAAUAGAAGCAGUUCUCGCAAACCUGAGUAGUGGUUGGAAGGAUGAGUCUCCUCGUGUGAGGUCCGCUUGUCUUCGUGGUGCUGCCAACAUCAGCCAGUUAAACAAGGAACAACGCGCUGCUGCGCUGCCGGCUGCUUUGGCUGCAUUAAGCCAGGGGGUUGAUGCGCAGAAACUACCAUCACCGGUGGACAACAUUCCCUUGGCCGCAAUACAAGGCCUGAGUCGUCUACUGACAGAAACAGAUAAAAUAGACAAAGAGUUCGACAGAGAAUUAUCUGCAAUUUCUCAGAAAAUCCGCCCUUUUAUGAACACGGAUUGCAGCCAGUUAAGAGAGAACUCUAUCCGUCUCUUUGGGAUUAUUGCGGAAAGGGUCAACUCCGAUGGUAUAAUAGAGCAAGGUGUUAGCUCAUUACCCUGUUUUUUGUUGCAUCUUUGCGAUAAUAAUCCUGCUGUUGUGAGGGCCUGCAAAUCCACUCUCCGUCAAAUCUUCAAGACAUUCAAAGUUCGAAAGUCCAAUGACUUCAUUCAGACCCAUCUAGUGGAUGAAGGCAGGUUAUACCUGGAUGACUUCCUCUGUGCCCUGAUGAGGCAAUUGGCUGAUGAGAUGCCAAGUGCCUUGGUCAAGUGUCUCCAUACGGCGGUUAAUUAUUUGCACACGGCCAGGGAGGAUUUGAAGCCGUUUUCUCCAUUGUUAGUUGGAUACCUAUAUGCAGAUUUAUACCGCAUCCAACCAAAUCACCCGGACGAGUUCAGUUUAGACCCUGAAAUCACUCGCACGGCUCGAACGAGGUUGCUACAACUCCUAAAAGACGCAAAUCCAGCCGUAAGACAAAAUUCGGCCUUCGCCCUCGCCAAUAUAUGCCUUAUUUGUACCACAAUGUGACCCGUGAGAAUCACAUCAGAUGUGAUUAACGGAAGAAUUGUGAACAAAAUAUUUAUCGUUAAAUAAAUGUGGCCUUUGUUUAGUGGCAGUACUUAUAAGUAUAGAAUUUAAUUAUGAACAUAGAAUAUUAUAUGAACAUGAUUUAAGAUGAAAUAUAAAAUUAAUAAAAAGGUAGCUAAUGCACUUAUUUUUACUUAAGCUUAGGUUUCCUAGAAAAGCGGUUAUCUAACGGCCGUAAUGUAGCGUUGGGUGACGUCACCCAUACGUUGUCUAUAAAUAACAUCGGAGUAGGUUUCCUAGAGAACGUUAAGUGUCACCUUAAUGGCAUGUGCAUGACGGCCGUCAUAGCGGUGAUAAACAUUAGUUCAACGUUUUUCGCGAAUAGCGGUGCCCAUAUUUAAUUAUUACAAUGAGUGGAAACGUGACUGGGACGAGCGAAAAUGAUUGUUAUUUUGCAUUAUGUUAAAAAGUAAAGACGGCCGUUAGUUAACGGCACCGCUUUUCUAUGAAGGUGCUUUACGCUCAGAAUUUUUUUCGGCUUUUAAAACAUGGUUACAACCUAGUACCGAAUGUGUUACUAUGGUUACGGCCAUUUACGCAAUACCGUAAUUAAGUAGUUUAUACGUUUUAUGAAUAAAUAAUAAAAUAUGCCAAUUUAAAAUUGAUAAUAUCGCAAAGGCAUUAGUCUAAACAUAAAGAAGUCUCAGUCCGAACUCUUUUGUAUUGUUUUUUAUUAAUUAAUAGCAUAUAAUAUUUACUCAAUUAAACGAAGGUGUAUUUAUUUUACUUUUGAUUAUUUGUGUAGCAUUAUAUAUUGAACAUUCCUAAAACGAUGAAAUGUUUCUCAUAUUAUUUAAACAAGCUUAUGGUAAGAAAAAAAAAUCACGAAUGCUUUUUCAGAUUAAUUUCUUUGUAUACUCUCUCUGUAAUCUGUUGGAGUUAAUCGAAUAUUUAUAGGAUUCAUAUAGUGUAGAUAUUUAUAUUAGUAGUGAUGAAUUUAAGACAUAUUUUAAAUCUAGUCUUAAAAAUAAUAUUUUUAUCUUUUCUAUAUGUUUUUAUACUCAAGGUGCUUUGUAUGAAAUGUUUAUUUCAUUUUUUCGACCAACAUUAUAAUCGUUUCCAACGUUUUUCUCAUUACAGACUGCGGUCAAAUAAAAGUUAAUUCUGUUAAGAUGUGAUACUUAGAUUUUAGGCUGUUUUUAACUUUAUUCGAAUAUAGUAAAAAUAAAAAGUAAUAUUAAACAUUUAUUCCAAUAAUCUCAAGUUAAAAAAUAAAAAUGUUAUAAAAAUUAUAAAAUUGUAUUCACGUUGAUCUACGAAAAUUUAAUGUAUAUUUUGUCUAUACUAAUAAAGCUUGUUGUUUGAA